AUGGACGGUGAUCCUGCCGUCGAGCCGGGAAUCGAUGGCUUUAGUCGCGUACUACCAUUGCCCUACCGUGUUGCGCUCAUAAUUGUCCUCGGCAUCUGGGCAUGGGGCCUCAACCUCCACUACCUCUCUUUAAUCAAGAUAGACGUCCCAAGUCUAAUCCGCUACCCAAGCCGCGCCUCACCGCACCACCCUUCACACCACCUGUCCUGCUACCGCAUCGCGACUUUUCUCUCCAUCCCACUCGCCCUCUCGCUCCUCCUGUUCUGGCUCCUCACAAAUGGAAGUCCAAAGGACGUUGCGGCAUGGGAGAUCCUGCCGAACCUAUAUCUCCUAGUCCUUGUCGUUGGCUUCAUAGCCCCCAUACCCUUUGUGAGCCGCAACGGCCGCUCCCGCACCCUGGCUACACUGAAGCGCAUUUCCAUCGGCGGGAUUGCAGAAGCCGCCGACGGCAAAUUCGGCGACAUCCUGCUCGCUGAUGCGCUGACGAGCUACGCAAAAGUGCUCGGCGACCUCUUUGUUUCGCUAUGCAUGUUCUUCUCCAGAUCACAUAGCUCAACUGGCCCCCCGAAUCGGAGCUGCGGAGGCACAUUCUGGGUACCGUUCAUCAUAUCUAUACCCUCCUUGAUCCGGCUACGGCAGUGUAUAACGGAGUACUAUCGAGUUCAGAAGGCGAAUCAGCGGACUGGGCAGAUUAGUCCAGCCAUGGGGUGGGGAGGCGUGCACCUUGCCAAUGCGCUAAAGUACUCGACCGCCUUCCCUGUCAUUAUUCUCAGCGCUCUACAACGCUCUCCCGAUCCUUCAACAUUCGGUGUCUCAGAAGCAACCCUCUUCCGCAUGUGGCUCGCCGCCGUCGUCGUCAACUCUGGCUACUCGUUCUACUGGGAUGUAGCACGCGACUGGGACCUCUCCCUCUUCUCCGGCGCCCGCGAACGAGAUAGUCCAGAACAUCCAUGGGGUUUGAGACGUCAUAGGUGGUUUCAUGCGAAAGAGCUUUAUUAUGCAGCGAUCGUGGUCGAUGCACUGUUGAGGUGUACGUGGAGCUUGAAGUUGAGCGUGCAUUUGGAUCAUUUUAAUGACUUGGAGGGAGGCAUUUUUACAAUGGAGGUACUUGAGGUACUGAGGAGAUGGGUCUGGAUAUUCUUUCGGGUCGAGUGCGAGUGGGUGAGGAAUCACAGAGGCCCAGCACAGGACGAUAUUCUGCUCGGGGAUAUAUCGUUGGGGAAUAAGUAUGAUGAGAGCGAUUGA